AUGGGUCAACAUAGCGACAACGGAAUGUUUCAAAAAUAUACGGAAAUUGACAUGAAGAAUUUCCGUCGUUUAGCAUUUUCUGCAGUUGCUCUUAGCACUGUAACGAUGCUUUCUUGCAUUAUUUUUGCACCAUUAUCAUAUCAAUAUGUUCAACGACUACAAAGUAAUGUGUUGAAUGACAUGGAUUUUUGCAAGAGUCGUAAUCGAGACCUCUGGUAUGAAGUUAUCGCUGUUCAACUUGCAAAAGGGCAAAAUGAUAAAGCGAAAAGAACAAUAGAAUAUGCAAAUAUAAAUAGUCCACGGUUAUUUGCUGAGCUCAUACAAAAACACAUUAACCACAGACAAAGUUCAAAAGCACUUUAUCAUCGACAAAGGCGCGACACCGACAGUUUUGAAACCGAUGAGGAGAAUAAUGUCACUGGCCAUGAGACUGAUCAUGAUCGCCCUAAGGCGACUGAUGAUGCUAUAAAUGAAAUUCGAAAACCCACAACAAUAUCGGGAAAAUAUAAGAAACUAUGCUGUAGCUGCACAAUCGGUCCCCCUGGACUGCCUGGUGAGCCUGGCAUUGAUGGAGAAAACGGAAAAGAUGGGAAGCCUGGACUUAAUGGAACUCCUGGAAGAGAUGCCGAUCUGCGAUCACCAAUAAAACUUUGUAUUCAAGAAUGCCCGCCAGGGCCACCAGGUCCAGCAGGACAACCAGGAGACAAGGGGCCUAGAGGAUAUUCAGGUGAAACAGGAGAACCCGGGCCACCUGGAGUUCCUGGAGAAAAUGGACCACCAGGAAUUCAGGGGUCACCUGGUCUUGUUGGCUUACCUGGAUGGCCUGGAAACAUAGGAGAACCUGGCAAACGCAUUCUUGGUAUUGCCCCACCUGGUCCUCCUGGCCGACCUGGUAUUAUGGGUCCUAUGGGACCACGUGGUUUGCCUGGAACAGAUGGUAAAACAGGGAAAAAGGGACCACCUGGACGAAGAGGAGAUGAUGGCAGCAAAGGACCUUAUGGCAAACCUGGCGUUACAGGCGCAGUAGGUGCUGAUGGACCGCCAGGUGAGCCUGGAAGUUGCGAUCAUUGUCCAACCCCGAGAUUACCGCCUGGUUAUCGUACUUAG